AUGAAGUGGGUUGAAUUUCAGGUUCAAAUUCCUGCAGAGACAAAAAUGUUAGGUGGUUUUUUCCCAUCUAUCCAAGCCUGGACAGAGUUACCUAGUAUCGGUUGUGGGAGUUACAGCUGGCAGAAAACAAUAGUUGGCUUUUUGCCAAUGGAGAAGGCAACGGAUUCUAGCUUAUUUGUCAAUGAUGGUUCUUUCAUGGAGAGGUUCAAACAGCUCCAACAGGAGAAGGAAACGGAAAAGGUGAAGACUGCCUCUUCAAAAGAGUCUAAGACAGCCUCCACACCAAAUCCUCCAAGUGAUCCAACAGUGAAGAAAGUUGCAGACAAGUUAGCAAGUUUUGUGGCCAAGAAUGGAAGGCAGUUUGAGCAUAUCACACGCCAAAAGAAUCCAGGGGACACUCCAUUUAAGUAUGAAUCAGAAUCUCUGUGGUUCUUAUUUGAUGAAAGCUGUUCUGAUUACAAAUACUAUGACUAUCGACUUAGUGAAGAGGAAAAGGCUCUAUCACAGACUACGGAUGUCCAAACAUCACUUAGUGGACUGCAGGCUUUUACCAGCUUUUUUGUGUAUUUCUCUAAGUAUUUAUGCAGUUUGUUUUUUGGCAGUGGUAUACCUGAAUUUUAUCCUUUUGGUGCUGUAGGAGUUACUAGUACUGCUACUCCUAGUUCAACGAGUAGUUCUCAUAGGUCACAUCAGCAGCAUUCAAAUUACCAAAUUCCUGCAUCAGCAUUAUAUGGAGCACCGGAGAAUACAAGUUCUUCAGAUUCAGCUGGGAAAUCUGGUCAUCCAAGCGGUCCAUCGGGGUCAGAUCCAAUAUCGAUGAUGGAAUAUUACAUGAAGAAAGCUGCAGAAGAAGAGAAGCUGAGGCCAUACAAAUCUUCAAAAGAUGAGAUGCCUCCGCCUGCUUCUCUCCAAGCUCCAGGAAAGAAGGGGCAUCAUAUGGGAGACUAUAUCCCGCCUGAAGAGCUUGCUAAGUUUUUGUCUACCUGCAAUGAUGUAGCUGCUCGGAAAGCUGCCAUAGAGGCUGCAGAAAGGUCGAAAAUACAAGCUGAUAAUAUUGGCCACAAACUUCUGUCUAAAAUGGGUUGGAAAGAAGGUAUAUCAUCCUCCCUUUAG